AUGAGCGGGCGGCAGAGGACGCUUUUCCAGGCGUGGGGCUCUAGCCUGUCGCGGGGCACCGGGGCUCCGGGAUGCCCCUCGGCCGGUGCGCGGCCUCGGGGCCCCGACGACUCCCAGGCCCGGACGCCCGCCGCGGAGGAGGAUCGCGACUCGGACGACGACGAUGUGCUGCUAGUGGCCGUGUGCGAGGCUGAGCGGCAGCUGCGGCAGGAGGAUGGCGGGUUCUGCCGCGCGGCGGGCGCGCUCUGGAUCUACCCCACCAAUUUCCCGGUGCGCGAGUACCAGCUCAGCAUCAGCUAUGCCGCGCUGCUCCGCAACACGCUGGUGUGCCUGCCCACCGGGCUGGGGAAGACCUUCAUCGCCGCGGUGGUCAUGUACAACUUCUACCGCUGGUUCCCUUCCGGCAAGGUGGUGUUCAUGGCACCCACGAAACCCUUGGUGACACAGCAGAUGGAAGCUUGCUACCGGGUGAUGGGCAUCCCGCAGUCCCACAUGGCUGAAAUGACAGGUUCUACCCAAGCUGCCACCAGGAAGGAAAUGUGGUGCUGCAAGAGAGUCCUUUUUCUCACACCUCAGGUCAUGGUUAAUGACCUUACUAGAGGAGUUUGUCCCGCAGCUGAUAUCAAAUGUCUUGUUGUGGAUGAAGCUCAUAAGGCUCUCGGAAACUAUGCUUAUUGCCAGGUUGUAAGGGAAAUGGUCAAAUACACAAAUCACUUUAGAAUCUUGGCUCUCAGUGCCACACCAGGCAGUGAUAUAAAGACUGUGCAACAGGUUAUCACAAACCUACUAAUUGGGCAGAUAGAGCUUCGUUCUGAAGAUUCUCCAGACAUUUUGCCAUAUUCUCAUGAGAGACGAGUUGAAAAGCAUGUUGUUCCCCUUGGAGAAGAACUUGCAGCCAUCCAGAAGACAUAUAUCCAGAUUUUGGAAGCAUUUGCCAGUUCUUUGAUUCAGAGAAAUAUUUUGAUGAGAAGAGAUAUUCCUACUUUAACAAAAUACCAGUUAAUUCUGGCAAGAGAUCAAUUUAGGAAAAACCCAUCUCCAAAUAUUGCGGGAAUACAGCAAGGCAUAAUUGAGGGAGAGUUUGCUAUUUGUAUAAGCUUAUAUCACGGUUAUGAAUUAUUGCAGCAAAUGGGAAUGAGAUCAUUAUAUUUCUUCCUUUCUGGAAUUAUGGGUGGAACAAAAGGAAUGACACGGGCAAAAACUGAACUUAGCCGGAAUGAGGACUUCUUGAAACUCUAUAAUCAUUUGGAGAGCAUAUUUGCACAAACACGGAACACUUUAGCAAGUGGUGGUUCUGCUGUCCAGAAAGGAGAUAAAGAGAACCAAUUUUACUAUAGUCACCCAAAGUUAAAGAAGUUAGAAGAAGUUGUAGUUGGACACUUCAAGUCAUGGAAUGCUAAAAACAGCUCUGAAAAGAAAUGUCUGGAAACCAGAGUUAUGAUCUUUUCUUCAUUUCGAGACAGUGUGCAGGAAAUUGCUGAAAUGCUUUUACAGCAUCAGCCUAUUAUUCGAGUAAUGACCUUCAUUGGCCAUGCCUCAGGGAAAAGCACAAAAGGUUUCACCCAGAAGGAGCAACUGGAGGUAGUGAAACGAUUUCGUGAUGGUGGUUACAACACAUUGGUUUCUACCUGUGUUGGUGAGGAGGGUUUGGAUAUAGGGGAAGUUGAUCUUAUCAUUUGCUUUGAUGCCCAGAAGAGCCCAAUCCGCCUCAUACAACGAAUGGGUAGAACUGGUCGCAAGCGACAAGGCAGGAUUGUAGUGAUCCUGGCUGAAGGACGUGAAGAGCGUACAUAUAAUCAAAGUCAGUCCAACAAAAGAAAUAUUUAUAAAGCUAUUUCGGGUAACAGACAGGUCCUUCAUUUUUACCAAGGAAGUCCACGAAUGGUUCCUGAGAAUAUCCAUCCAAAAUUACACAAGAUGGUCAUCACGCAUGGUGUCAGGGAACCAGAGAAGCCUUCUCAGAAACUACAGCGAAAGUCAUCUCUCUUUUCCUCCAUAGAUGGAACAAGGCAAAAUUCCUCAAAUAAAAAUGGGUUCUUAUCAGAAGAAGAAUUUUCAUUAUGGAACAGACUAUAUAGAUUAAGAGACAGUGAUAAAAUUAAGGAAAUAACAUUGCCUCCAGUUCACUUUCCAUCUUUAGAAGAUGAGGAAAGCAGAACAACUCAAGAGCCAACCAUGGGAGCUCAUCAACUCUCUCUCUCUGAAUGGAGACUAUGGCAAGAUCACCCUUUUCCUACCCAUCAGGUUGACCAUUCUGAUCGAUGCCACCAGUUUGUAAACAUCAUGCAAGUGAUAGAAGGAAUGAGACAUGAAGAGGAUGAAUGCAGCUAUGAAUUGGAACUGAAGCCUUACUUAAAAAUGGAAGAUGUUAUCUCCACAUUUAGUGCUCCCCAGAAUGAAUAUUGUAAUCUUUCCAAUGACCCCAGUAUUACUCACAAAAAAUCUUCAUUUAUGCAGGAUAUAAAUCGAGGCAGUUUAUUCUCAGUGAUAAAAUCUGAUGAAGAAUGUGAUGAAAAUUUUAAACAAACUCAUCCCAAGCUGACUAAAAUUAUUUCUCUAAAGAGAAAAGCUUCUAAAGAAAUGAGAAAAGACCAACUUAAUAAGGAAAUUAAUGACGAUGUGGAUUCUUUAGAUACUGACAGGAAUUCUGUGGAAGCUGGUUUGCAGGCAGACCUGUCACAUGAAGGAAGGGCAUCAAAUACUGGUGUAGGUGCCACCACAUGUGCGACCAAUGACAAUGCCUCUAAUUGUCCAGAUAUGAUGCUUACAGAGUGUCCUGUUACAGACAAAUUGGGUUUAUUUGCUGGAAAUUCUGUAGAUUCUGGUUAUAAUAGUUUCAGUGAUGAGAAAUCAAUUUCAUUAAAUUUGUUUCUUGAAUUUGAAGAGCUCUGUAUAGCUCAAACAAAUGAACAAUUUUCUAAUUGCCCUUCAUUGACAAAAGAAGUAUUAGCGAAUGUAGAGAGAUUUUUAUCCCAUUCUCCCCCUCCUCUCGGUGCACUCUCAGACUUGGAAUGUGAAAUUACGACUAAGGGUUUGGGACUUGAGAAUUUGCACUGCCUGCCUUACACAGAACAGGUACAAAAUUAUAAACCCACCUGUUUAUUGUCACAUUCAACUAUGAUUUCACAACAAAAUUUAGACUUGGGCUCAUUUAGACAUAAUAAUCAUCCUUUUGAAAAAAGUUGUCAUUCUGAUACAGCCAAUGAGAAGAUUUCUGAUGAGUCCUGCUUUGGUGACAAGUCUGGGGCUGAGGUAGCUAAUAAUAGUAGAUAUAAACAUUUAGUAUCUAACAGUUCUGCUCAAAUAUAUAUAGACCCUGCAAAGAAUUUAGCUGAGAAUAAAACCCAUGAAGGUAAUAAUGACCUCCCAGUAUUGCACACUGAUCAGGAUGGGAGUUUACUAUUAUUUGAAGAUGAUAAUGAAAUCAGUGAUGUGAGCCUUUCUCCCUUUAAUGGUAAUUGCAAAUCUUGGUUUAUGUCACAUAAAAUUCUUGAGAGUGAAGAGGCUCCCGUCUCUCAGUUCUUAAUUUCUGAUGAGCUUUUGUCCAAUGUUAAUUCUGAACCUGAAGAGCAAGUCAUCUCUGAUUUUAAUCAUUCGAAGUCAUGUGAAGGUUUGGAAGAUGGACAUGAAAAAUUGAAGAGCAAUGACUAUGCCUUUGAUAGCUCUAGGGAUUUAUUUUCCGUUACCUUUGAUUUAGGGUUUUGUAGCUCAGAUUCUGAUGAUGAAAGCAUGGGGCAUGCAAAUACAAAUACCAGCAAACAGGUGGGGGAUCUGUCUGGAAGACAUUCAGAUAUUAAGCAGAUAAAGGGUGCACGUUCCAUUUCACGAGAUUGCGUUGAGCAGUUCAUAAGUGGAGCUAUGCCUUUCUCAUCCCAAGAAGAUAAGCACUGUACACAUCAUUCACGUUUUCCACCGAGAGCAGCGGACAGCCAAGUACUUGAAUUGCCUCAGUUUUCCUUGGCAGUAAAGGAAAAGGUGAUGUGUACACCACAGUCUGCAUCACACACAUUAAACUUGUGUUCUAAGAUAAGAGAAGAAAUGGUUAAGACCCCAGAUUCUAAUAGAGAAACUUUGAAUUCAACUUUUGAUGAUUUAGAAUUUUCUCUAAAAAAGGCCAAAAGCAGUGAUCAAGUCUGUCUGCAUCAAUCCCACCGUUCUACUGAAGAUGAACAUAUAUUCAGUAAUGAAAGUGAAGAUGAGAUUUUCCUAAGAAAAACUAAGAAACCUAGAGGAAAUGUUCUGAAAUCUCCUGAGGAUCAGAAAAACAGUGAAGUUGAUUCACCUAUUAAGGUUGUAAAAAAGUCCAGGGUGCUUAGAUCAGAGUUAUCAUCCAGUGAUGAGAGUGAGAAAUUUCAUGGACCAUGUUUAAAGUUAGAAGACUUCAAGGAUUAUAACAGGAAGGCCAGAAGAGGCUUCAGAGCCCAAAGAAGACAAAGUUACCUACAGCAUAUAGCUAGGAAAUUUUUAGACAAUGAAGCAGAACUUUCUGAAGAAGACGCUGAAUGUAUUUCAUCAGAUGAAAAUGAGUCAGAAAAUGAACAAGAUUCCUCCUUACUUGAAUUCUUAAAUGAUAAAACUGAACUUUCACAGGCUGUAAAUGAUUCUGAAAUGAAAGCUAUUUACAUGAAGUCUUUACACAGUCCACUGAUGAGCAAUAAGUACAAAAUGGUCCAUCGGAACCAUAAUAAUGUUAACAUUUUCUCACAGAUUCCAGUACAAGAUCAAACCUAUUUAGAAGACAGUUUUUGUGUUGAUGAUGAGGAAGAGUCUUUCAAAAGCCAAUCAAGUGAGGAAGACCUUUUUGUUGAUUUUAACUUAACUGAAGAUUGCUUCCCAAAUGACAGUGUAAGAUAUAAAACCCGGCAUGCAGUAAAGCUAAAACAAAUGAAGACAAAACAAAACUGUAGACAUUCAAAAAAGAAAUUAUCCAGAAUCAUGUUACCAGAUGAUGACUCAAGUGAGGAGGAAGACACAAUAAAUGAGAGAAGAGAAGCCAGUGCUAAGGUUAGCCCUAACACUGUUGACAAGGACCAGCAUUUGAAUUUCGUGCCUGCUGGGUACUCACUGCAGCCCAUGGCCCUUUCUAAUCCAGUGGUAAGUCGGCCACCUCAGCAGAGACCAGAGACAGCACUGGAUUUCACAGAUGCAGUCAUGGUCUUGAACUUCAAGCCUCUGGUCCAUAAUGAGAGCAAGUCCACCUCACCACUAUGCCCUAGUGUCUCAUCACAGGAAGAGCAUGGGAAACAUCCAGUUCAGUUGAAGGUUGACAGUGAUCAGGAGGUUUCUAGUGGUUCGGGGCCACACUGUUCCAAGUUAUGUUUGGCUAACAAGCUUUCUGCUUCUAGACUUCCUCAGGACGAAAGAAAACCCUGCAUUCUUGUAGACAGUCAUGAAAUCACUUCUGGUUUAGAAGUAAUUUCUUCCCUAAGAUCAACUCAUGGGUUCCAUGUGGAGGUUUGUCCUCUGAAUGUCUGUGAUUACAUUGUGAGCAACCGCAUGGUGGUGGAAAGGAGGUCUCGGUCUGACAUGCAAAAUACUGUCAACAAGAGCAAGUUUGUGGAGCAGAUCCAGUGCCUGAAGAGCAUGUUUGAAAGAAUAUGUGUGAUUGUGGAAAAAGACAGAGAAAAACCAGGGGACACAUCAAGGAUCUUCAGAAGAACAAAGAGUUAUGACAGUUUGCUGAUAUCCUUAAUUGGUGCUGGAAUCCGAAUUCUCUUCAGUUCCUGCCAAGAAGAAACUGCAGAUUUGCUAAAGGAACUGUGUCUAGUGGAGCAGAGAAAGAAUGCUGGCAUUCACAUUCCAGUACUGCUGAACAGCAAGCAUUGUGAGGCACUUCCAUUUUAUCUAAGUAUCCCCAAUAUAAGUUAUAUAACUGCACUAAAUAUGGGUCACCAGUUUCCAUCUGUAAAAAAGAUGGCCAACAGCUCACCUGAAGAAAUUUCCAUGUAUGCACAAGUUACUCAUCAAAAGGCUGAGGAGAUCUGUAGAUACAUUCACUAUGUAUUUGACAUACAGAUGUUACCCAGUGAUCUUAACCAAGAGAGACUGAAAUCUGAUGCUUGAUCAGUGCUCAAGGUGCUUCUGUCAGAGAGCUUUACUGUUCCAGUGCACCUCAGCGAUCACUUGUAGCUUGUGAUUGAGAGUUCAAAAUAUGUAAAUAACUAUUCCCUUAGCACUUAAAGAAGUUCUUUAUUGUAUACAUUUUUAUUUACAUAAACUGUAUAAAUUAUUUUAAAAGUAAACUUUGGUGUGUAGUAAUGAUUUUGACUAAAUAGAUUAUGAAUUUUUAUUGAAUAAAUUA